UCUAAACAGAAGAUGGAGAAAGAAGAGGCGUUCUUCCCCAGCGGUCCACUUGAUGUUUACAGGAAGAAGAGCUCGUUCAGCUGGAGAGACAUGGUCCACUUCAUUGAUGGAGAAGACAACGUGAAAUUCAAACAACACGUGUUCCAGACCCUGGAAAAUGAUCCUCUGUUUGCUCGUCAGCCCGGGGAGGACAUCCCCAUGGAUAAGAAGAGAGAGCUGAAUUUCCUCAGGAUGAAGCAGCUCUUCCGCUACAAUUUCCUGACGAAAGAAGAGAUGAUGGCGGACCCGUGGAAGGCUGUUAUCCUGGACGACUGUCUUGGCAUGUAUGACUGGGCUCUGGUGGCCAAGUUCUUCCUUAACUUAGGGAUGUUUGGUUCCACCAUUGCUAGCUCAGGAUCAAGCAGACACAACAAGUAUGUUAAAGACACCGAAGACAUGACGACUUUUGGAUGUUUUGCUCUAACUGAGCUGAGCCAUGGCAGUAACACCCGGGCCAUGAGAACGACCGCUACAUACGACCCAUCGACCCAGGAGUUUGUCAUCAACUCUCCAGACUUUGAGGCAGCUAAGUUCUGGGUGGGGAACCUGGGUAAGACCGCCACCCAUGCUGUGGUGUUCGCUCAGCUCUACACGCCUGACCAGGUGUGCCAUGGCCUCCACUCCUUUGUUGUUCCGGUGAGAGAUCCUAAAACCCUUCUAGCUCUGCCUGGUGUGCUGGUUGGAGACAUGGGCAAGAAGUUAGGCCAGAACGGACUGGAUAACGGGUUUGUAAUGUUUCAUGGUGUGAGGAUCUCUCGGGAAAACCUUCUGAAUAAGACAGGAGAUGUUACUCCUGACGGCCGCUACCUAACACCUUAUAAGGACCCCAACAAGCGUUUUGGUGCAUCUUUGGGAGCCCUGUCAGGAGGCAGGGUUUAUAUCUGCAGGAUGGCUCUGGUCAACUUGAAGCUGGCUCUAACUGUAGCUGUCCGAUUUUCAGCCUCCAGGAGACAGUUUGGACCCAAAGACACAGAGGAGAUCCCUGUUCUGGAGUACCAGUUACAGCAGUGGCGUCUGAUUCCCUACCUGGCAGCAGUGUAUGCUCUCGAUCACUUCACCAAAACCACCUUUAUGAACCUGAUCGAGUUCCAAGUUGGACAGAUGAUGAGGGACAACAGUGACAGACAGGCAGAGAUGGGCAAGGAGAUCCAUGCUAUUGGUUGCUCUAGUAAACCACUGGGCUCGUGGACCGCUCAGAGGGGCAUUCAGGAAUGCAGGGAGGCCUGUGGUGGACAUGGGUACCUGGCCAUGAACCGACUGGGAGAUCUACGUGAUGAUAAUGACCCAAACUGCACAUAUGAAGGAGACAACAAUGUGUUGUUGCAACAGACCAGCAACUACCUGCUCAGCCUGUUUUACGCCAAACUCCACGAUGGUGUUCGGAUCCAAUCGCCCUUCCACACUGUCGACUUCCUGGAUGAUUUUCAGAGGAUCCUGGAAAGCAGGUUUACAGCACAAACAGUGGAAGAGUGUAUGAACCCUGAAGUCUCUGUGACAGCAUAUCAGUGGCUGGUGUGUUUUCUGCUGGAGGAGAGUCAGAAGAGGCUGGAACAGCAGAAAGCUUUAGGCAAGGAUGACUUUGAGGCCCGUAACGACAGCCAGGUCUACUACUGCAGGUCGCUGGCUCUCAUCUACAUCGAGCACACCUGCCUCCAGAGAUUUUUCGAGCUGACCACCGAUCCGAAAACGCCUGCAGGUCUCAGAUCAGUGCUGAGAAGACUGUGUGCCCUGUAUGGACUGUGGAGCCUCAAUAACCACAUGGCCACACUUUACCAGGGUAAUUACGUGAGUGGAAGAAGACCUGCUGAGCUGGUUCAGAUGGCCAUCCUCGCUCUUUGCUCUGAGCUGAAGGACGAUGCUGUAGCUCUGGUGGAUGUUUUUGCUCCUACCGAUUUCAUCCUCAACUCACCCGCUGGGAAUGCUGAUGGACAGCUCUACAAGAACAUGUGGUCCGCUGUGAUGCAGGGGACUCAGGUGCUGGAGCGCCCUUCUUGGUGGAAAGAGUUCUGCUCAGACAAACCGGUGGUCGGAUCCCUCCGAUCCAGACUUUAGAGGUUCCUGAUCAGCAGACCUUUGAUGAAGCCUCUUGUUUUCUGAGGAAGUAAACAGGUGUUAUUGAUUAACAGUUAGGAUGGAUUAUCAGGAUUAAAGGACUUUUUGUGCCUAAUUCUUUGUGUGUGUGUGUGUGUGUGUGUGUGUGUUCUAAAAUCAGAAUAUUCCAGGUUUUUGGUAUUUUGUCAUGGAUCUAAUGUCAGAAAUAUGUCCUGUUCACAGUCAGAGCAGAUCCAUGAGCUUAAAGUCUAUCCAGUCCACAGCAGACCUAACAGGAUGUUAAUGCUGACUUCAGUUAUAUACGUCAAAAAUUCGAAUGAAUCUGAAUGUGUCAAACACACUCGUGUGAUCAUGUGAUUGUUCAUGUACUUAAAUUAGUUUAUAAUAUUGUCUGUUCUAAUAAAUACAUGAAGAUUGGUA